UUAGCCUACAUUAUAUUUUGAUUUGAGCAAUAAAAUGUGCUGUCAGUCUUUGGUAAAAUCAUUCCAUAAACAGGAGGUAACAUAUGUUAUAAAAAUUGAGAGAAGGUAAAAAUUAGAAUUGAGUACGAAAUGAAUGUACAAUUUGUACUAUCAUUUUUCAAGGCGUAAUUGUAUGAUGAAUGUGAAGCCGAUUCCACAUGGCCAUGAGGUUAUGUUAAAUUUCUUCUGACAUAAUAGAUUGUCCGAGUCUAGAUCAUUCAAAAAACUACAUGUGGCAUUAAGCUUUUUGUAUAUACUUUCAAUUAAAAAUGACAACUGUCAAGGCAAGUGAAUUAGAUUUAGAUGAUCCGCGAUUUAGGAUCAGACCAUAUCAACAAAUGAUUGCUUCCUGCACUGGAGCUCUUGUCACUUCAAUCUUUGUUACUCCAUUGGAUGUUGUUAAAAUUCGAUUACAAGCUCAACAAAAAGCAAUGCUGUCCAACAAGUGCUUUUUGUACUGCAAUGGAUUGAUGGAUCAUAUUUGUUGUUGUGCGAAUGGAAAAAGUGGAAUGAGUCAAGCAGCUUGGAUCAAAGCUAAUGGUCAUUUUAACGGCACACUGGAUGCCAUGAUUAAAAUAAGUCAGAAGGAAGGAAUAAUAUCACUUUGGAGUGGACUGAGUCCUACUCUAAUUUUGGCAGUACCUGCUACUAUUGCAUAUUUUGUUUCUUAUGAACAACUAAGGAUAUAUUUAAAAGAUAAAUAUAACAAAAGAAUAAAUAAUGUUAAUCACAAGGAGCAACCUUUUUGGAUUCCUAUGGUAGCUGGAAGUACAGCUAGGAUAUGGGCAGCCACUCUUGUUAGUCCGUUAGAGCUCAUAAGAACAAAAAUGCAAUCUCAAAAGCUUAGUUAUGCAGAAAUUACACAAGCAUUAAAGACAGUUAUAGAACAAAAUGGUGCAAGAGGAUUGUGGAUGGGAUUAAGUGCUACAUUAUUAAGAGAUGUACCAUUCAGUGCAAUUUAUUGGUUUAAUUAUGAAGGUAUCAAGAAAAUGUUUCCAGAAUCUCAGCAAAAUUUUGCCUUUAAUUUUGUAUCAGGAGCUUUAUCUGGUUCUAUAGCAGCAUUUAUAACAAUUCCAUUUGAUGUUGUUAAAACUCAUAGACAAAUUGAGAUGGGGGAAAAACAAAUUUAUUCAGAUACUCCAAAAAAAGCAAGUAGCACACUAAGCACUAUAAAGAGGAUAUAUAACCAAAGCGGAGUUAAAGGAUUAUUCACCGGCUUGACACCUAGAUUAGUAAAAGUUGCACCAGCCUGUGCAAUUAUGAUAUCUACAUUCGAGUACGGAAAGCGUUUCUUCCAAAGUCAUAAUGCCAAUCGCGCUGUGAUCGAGAUGAACAGAGAAAUUCAAUGGUUAAACCAGAAGCACGAUGGCGUUUAACUUUUUUUUCUGUUGUCCGAUAUCUAUAUUGUAAAUAAAUAUAUUUAAAUUCUUACCCAUUGUUUAU